AUGAAGUCCACCGUCCUCAUCGCUACUGCCGCACUCUUCGCCACCAGCAUGGCUGGACUUGCCCCCCGCGGUACUCUCAAGGGUAACUGUGUCCGCCGCGGCAACGAUCACCAGAAAUGGGGAACCUGCCUGGUUCUCGACAAGGACGGCAAGACCAAGCACAUCCCCUGUGCUUCUGACCACCCUUGCCCUGAUGACGGCAAGACGCACACAUGCACUUGGGCCUCCGGAAACGCCAAGUGCAAUUAG